ACAGCAUUCUGGAGGGUACGAAAAGUAAAUAGCUGGAAUGUGGGCUUUAAUUAGCACCUCAAAUAUAAUAAAGUGAUCAUUACACAAAUGGAAUCGAAAAAUAGUAAAGGAACGUGUCCGCUUUAAUGAUACAAAUUGGUGCAUCGCAAUGAGGUGUUCUCAGUAAAAUUGAAAACAUGUUUGUGGUUUAAUUUGCGAGUGAUUUGAAAUAAUAAACUUCCGAUCUAAUUUAAGGUCAACUCCAGGCCAAGCAAGUGUACGCGAGUGUUUAUGUUAAAGUUUGUUAUAUAACAAAAAUAUAAGAUUUAUGGAUAAUAUUGUAAUUUGGAAAAUACCAGGAGUUUUGCUGGAAUGGAUAAUGCAGGACUCAUGGAAAAUAAUCUACCAUGGAUCGAACAUCAAAUAGAUGAACAAUCAAUAGAGUGUGAUGAUAAACACAGCGAAAUAUCAAGUGAAAGCAGCGGCGAAGCUAUUUUAACCAAUGAAACGCAAACUAUCCUUCAUCGGCACUCUCGAGAUCAUAGCCUAUGGGACGAGAAAGAGAUCGAUGAAACCCUCCACUUACUACCUGGUGCUGAAGAAAUAAUUCAAAUGAUAACAUGGGGAAACCAACUUGAUAUUUCAUGCCCCAGACUCAGCUGCAACGUGGCGUUACUCAUCACAUCGUGGUAUGGAUGCGUUGAACAUGUUAACGCUCUGUUAUCAAAUUCUCGAGCUGAUCCUAACACUACUGAUCCUAAAGGACGAUCACCGCUACAUUUUGCAUGCAGUAUAGGUGAACACCAGAUCGCAAAAGUACUUCUUGAUCAUGGAGCUGACCCGAAUCGAUGGGAUAAUGAAAAUAAAUCAACGCCAUUACAUUGUGCUGCAAGUGCCGGAAGCAUUGAGUGUAUCUUACUCCUGUUAAAGAGAAAGGCGCAGAUAAAUGUGGGAAUUGAAACACGAUCAGCUUUACACUAUGCAGUUGAUAAUAACUCAUUGGAGUGUGCUGAAAUUUUGUUGAAAUAUGGAGCAAAUCCUAACACACCUCAGGUGUAUACCGAGACCCCUCUCCACACAGCAGCUGCACUUGGGCAUAAAGAAUGUGUAGAGCUUCUACUAAAGUACGGCGCUGAUGUUCGAUCCCAGUUCGGAAAGCGAAAAUUAACAGCUUUGCAUUUAGCUGCUGAAGGUGAUUAUGUAGACUGCGUUAAAUUGCUUCUGGAGCACGGGGCUCAAGUAGAUGCAAGAAAUGCCGACAAUCAAACGCCACUCCACUUAGCAUGUCUUGCACAAUGUACGGAAACUGUAGAGUUGCUGUUAAUAAACAAAGCUAAUGUAAAUGCUAGCUAUAAGGAUGGCAGGACAGCACUCCAUGCCGCUAUUGUGAAACAAUCAAAAUGUUUAGAGUGUGCUCGGAUGCUUGUCAAGGCUGGUAUUGAUGUGAAUAAGGCCGAUGAUUAUGGAUAUAGCCCGUUACAUAUGGCAGCGUUAAAUGAGUUUGGAUCUUGCGUUAUUCUGUUGAUAGAUCACGGAGCUGAUAUAACUGCUCGAACAAACGGGGGAGUUCCCGCUCUUUCCUUCAUUGUACGUCGAACGCCAGAAGUUAUUCCAAAACUAAUUUCAAAGUUAGAUCAUUGUAUAAAAGUCAAUGAUCAUGAGAUUGGGGAUGUUGACUGUGAAAUUAAAUUAGAUUUUCGGCUCCUGGUUCCCACCACGGAACGGGGCGAAACUGAAAUGUUGAAGACAUUCAUUGAAGUGGGUCAAAAACGCCUUCUGAAUCAUCCACUCUGUGAGACAUUUCUAUUUUUAAAAUGGCGUCGUAUACGAAAAUUCUUCCUGCUAAGUCUGUGUUAUCAUGCUAUCUACGUACUUUUGUUUACUUUUUAUGUAAUGAGUGUAUACAUGCAACAUUGCAGCAAGGAGAAACCAUGCCGAGUUUCUGAACUGACUCCACCGUUUGGAUACUUAGUUGUAUCAUUGAAUUUGAUUCUAUUGGGAAAAGAAUUUUUUCAGAUGGGGCAAGGCUUUUACGGAUACGCAAAGUACUGGGAAAAUUGGUUGCAAUGGUCCAUAGUUUGCGGUGUAUUUCUAUGUGUGACUCCUGAAACAUUGUCGCCUACAAGAGAUUCACUUAAUGUACCUCCCUGGCAGUACCACAUUGCAGCUGUUGUUGUAUUCCUAGUGUGGCUCGAGUUAAUGAUGUUGGUCGGUCGUUUUCCAAUUUUCGGCCUGUACGUGCAAAUGUUCACCAAAGUGGCAGUCAAUUUCGGAAAGUUCUUAAUGGCAUACUUCUGCCUACUGGUAGCCUUCGCACUAUCAUUCUGCGUCCUCUUUCCCACCUACCCCGCGUUUCGGAAUGUUGGCAGAAGCAUAAUGAAAAUGAUUCCCAUGAUGUCAGGCGAAUUAGAAUUUGAAGAUAUCUUUUUCGGAGAUUAUCCACCAACGUACCCCGUCACCUCACAAGUUCUAUUCCUGGCAUUUGUACUCCUCGUGACUAUAAUUCUAACGAAUUUGGUAGUGGGUCUUGCUGUAAGCGAUAUACAGGGUCUCCAAGAAUCUGCAGGUCUAGAUCGACUUAUUCGCCAAACUGAAUUAGUUUCCCGAUUGGAAAGUCUGUUUUUCUCCAGACUCCUACGAAAGGCUCCACCUAAGUUGAUGUCGCUUUGUCAACGAAGUGCUCUCCUCCGUACUUCACGUUACCAAUUACAGUUUUUAACUCGUCCAAAUGAUCCGCGCGACAGACAACUACCAGAAGGAAUCAAAAUGAACAUCUACAAACUCGUUGCAGAAAGGCGUGAUCGUAAUCAAAGCAUCAGACGUAAACGUGACCAUUUUAUGAGCACGUUCCAAAGAAAUAUCAACCGAGAUAGUCACAAAGACGACAUUGUAACCUUAAGGGGCCAACCAUCAUUAAACAGGAAAGUACGAGUGCUAUCCGAUAGCCCUCACAACUAUUUUAAAUAUAAGGAGAAUAAUGCGAACGAAUACAAAGUGAACUACAAUGACGCAGUUCAGGAUAUAAUAAAGAUAAAGUUGCAGUUGUCAACGGUUAGUGAAAAGCUUGACAGUUUAACUGAUAACUUGACGAAACAACUAAGCGCAAUCGCGGAAGAAUUCGAAAGACUUAAAGGACGACAACCAAAUCGAAAUAUACACGAAAUGAGUUUUUGAAAUAUUACAAUGAGUUCUUAUAUACUAUUUUUAAUUGAAAUUAUGACAUUUGUAAAUUAUUUCAUUCCAAUAAUAAAAAAGAAAAAUUUCCUC